AAGAAAACAUAAAAGUCUGUGGGCCGGGGACCCGAACACAUACACUAAUAAGAGUCCAGGAAAGAAAUAGGGAAAGCAGAGAGAGGCCACUGGCAAGGCAGCAAUGGAAGAGAAGAAGAGAGAAAUGGAGAAAGAAACUGAAAAGAUAUGCAAGAGAUGCAAGCACAGCUACAAUACAUCUUCUAACACUCCCUCCUCCUGCCGUUUCCAUCCUUCGUUCUUUGUCUGUCGUCGUCAUGACGACCAAAAGAGGUACUAUGAAUUGAGACCUGAUGAUCCGCCGUAUGCUGCCAAGUUCUAUGACUGCUGCGGGGCCGAGGACCCUGAGGCUUUAGGCUGCACUACCAGUUUCCAUGUCUCUUAUGAUGAUGACUGACUUGUUAUAUCCCCUACCUCUGCUUAUUGACCUGAAUGUUCUCUGAAGAUUAAAUCUGUAUAUUUCUGCAUGCCUCUGUUCUUGAUAUAAAUGUUUAACUGUCCUCGUAUUGUACUUCAUAAAUGUGUCACGAGAGAAUUGGCUGUCGAA